AUGGGAACCCCCACAAUCAUCGACACGCCUCCUAGCUAUGCUCAAGUAUUCGAGGAUACGAUUGCAGUGCAACAAAUUUUGAACUGUGUCAACUCCAACAAUUCCGCAUAUGCUCCUAAAAUCAAAGCAGCAUGGGACCGUGCCGAGACAUUUGCUGGUAAUGAGAAACGGCCUCUCCGAGUUUUGGCUCUUGAUGGAGGUGGUGUUCGAGGCUAUUCCUCCUUGAUGCUAUUGAAAGAAGUCAUGGACCGAGCAGCCCCUAAACAGAAACCCUGCGAAGUGUUCGAUAUUAUCGGGGGAACUAGUACCGGCGGAUUGAUUGCUAUUAUGCUAGGCCGGCUGAAGAUGACUGUCCAGGAAUGUCUUGACGCAUAUGAUUCAGUAAUGAAAGACGUCUUUGGUUCUGGCUGGCUACACACCCAUAUUGGCAAGCCAUUGGAUUACCUUACGAAGGGCGAGUUCUACUCCGCUGGGCAAUUGGAGAAGGUAAUUAAGGAUCUGCUUCACAAAAGACUUCCAGCAGGUCAGAGUGCAGAGGACGCCCCGCUACUUGAUGAAGCAAAUCCGUGCAAAAUCUUCUUGAUGGCAACACGCGAGGAGUCAGGCAGUAACCGCGGACCUGUCUUUCUUCGCUCUUACACAAAUGACCUAGCUGCCCCGGAUCCCGAUCUAUCCAAGAUCAAGUUAUGGGAGGCUGCUCGCGCCACGUCCGCAGCCCCGGGAUAUUUCCAGCCUAUUCAAGUUGGCAGAGUUAAGCUUGUAGACGGCGGUCUACUAGCCAAUAACCCCCUUGGAUGGCUAUGGACCGAGAUUCUCAGUGUGUAUGGUCCAACUCGUGAGACAGAUUGUUUCCUCAGUAUUGGCACCGGGAUGGGUGCCAACGUGGCAGUCGCUCAACCAGGUCUGGACUUUAAAAAGGCGAUGCUGAGCUUUUCGGAUAUUGCAACCAAUACGGAGAGCACCAAUAUCCUUUUCCGGGCACUUGUUGAUGCAUUUGCGCCUCAUGCCCAGACGAAGAAAUAUUAUCGGUUGAACGUCAGCAAGGAACUUCCUGAACCGACAGACUCCAAAGGCAUUCUUGGCUGGUUGGCGGGAACUCAAGCGUUGAAGGGUGUACUAAACAACUUCGAAGAUCCAGGGUCCCUUGAUGACGUGGAUGCUAUCCCAAAAUUGAAGAAGUGGACCACAGAAUGGAUCAAGGCGCAACAAGAUAUUAUCAAAUCUUGCAGCGAGGCACUUGCGAGGAAUCUCUAA